GGGAGGCGGAUCUCCCCGAGCUCCCUUGGUCCGGUUCCUCCUCCCCUUCGCCAGCAGCUGCGCUUCACCCGGGACUGGACCGAGUUAGAGUUGAGGCGCCGGCGGAGUAGCGCAGAGUGCGUGCGUCCCCCGCGGGGGGGUUCGUGCCCGCAGGCGGAGGGGAGCCGGGCUCCAGCCCAGUUUGGUGCAGCCUUGGCAGCGACCAACAAGGAGAGGGAGCUCCAUUAAGUUAAGCCUUGAACAAAGCAAUGGGAUCGUAAUUGAUUUCAGUGCGAAGACUUUUAAUAGACCACAGUACUUUUGUGAAAGGCAGCAAGUUGGUACAAGAGCAGUUUCCCCACAGGAAAGAAAAUAAAAGUGCUUGGAGCAACUUAUUAAGGUAAACAGAUUGCGGUGGAUUUCUGGAUGGCAGAUCUGGAAUGGACACGAGUCCUCUGGGAGGAUUAGACUUGUCUGAAAAUACUCCUAGUCUGCUAGGGAAUACCACCAUGGCAGCAGGUCUUGCAAAUGUAGGAAAUACAUUUGGAGGGCCACCAAGUUCUUUAGUUUCUAGACCUAACAAAUUCCAAAACUCGCCUAUAGAAGAUGAUGAUGAUGUAGUUUUUAUCGAACCUAUACAACCUCCACAAAAUUCUACAUCGCUGGUAGCAGACCAAAGGAACGCUGCAUUUACAUCGUCUAAAAAUGAAGAACUUAAAGGAAAUGAUUGCAAAAUGCUUCCUUCUCCAAAGGACUUAAAUUCUCGAAAGGGGAGUAUAAGUGAAACUAUUAUUAUUGAUGAUGAAGAAGACAUUGAAACAAAUCAAGGACAGGAGAAGAAUGCUUCCAGUUUUAAUGAACGAAGACUUCCAGAGUGUAAAAAUAGAACCAACGAAAUGGAAUUCUCACCUUCCAGUUUUUCAAGAAGUAAGGUAAAUUCAGGGAUAGGUAAUAGUGGUAUAACCACAGAACCAGACUCAGAAAUUCAGAUUGCUAAUGUUACUACAUUAGAAAGAGGUGCUAUGAGAUCUGUCAGUGUCGGUCAUUUAGAAAAUGAUGGUGACGGGCGUGACAUGAACCUAAUGAUUACACAUGUAACGUCACUGCACAAUGCCAGCUUGGGAGAUGUAUCUAACGGACUGCAGUCAGAUAAUUUUGGUGUUAAUUUGCAAACAUACACCCCAUCUUUGACUUCACAGACCAAGACUGGUGUAGGACCUUUCAAUCCUGGUAGAAUGAAUGUGGCUGGAGAUGUAUUUCAAAAUGGAGAAUCUGUGACUCAUCAUAAUCCUGAUUCUUGGAUAUCCCAGUCAGCUUCCUUUCCUAGGAAUCAGAAGCAACCAGGUGUGGAUUCCUUGUCACCUGUAGCAUCCCUUCCUAAGCAAAUUUUCCAGCCUUCUCCCCAGCAACAGCCUUCUAAGCAGGUUAAAGUCACAUGUGCAAACUGCAAAAAGCCUUUACAAAAGGGACAGACUGCGUAUCAGCGGAAAGGAUCAGCUCACCUUUUCUGCUCCACUACCUGCCUCUCAUCAUUUUCACACAAACCCACUCCAAAGAAACUUUGUGUCAUGUGCAGAAAAGAUAUAACGACAAUGAAAGGUACCAUUGUUGCUCAAGUAGAUUCAAGUGAGUCUUUCCAGGAGUUUUGCAGUACAUCAUGUUUAUCCUUCUAUGAAGAUAAACAGAAUCCCUCAAAAGGAGCCUUGAAUAAAUCAAGAUGCACAAUCUGUGGUAAACUAACUGAGAUUCGUCACGAAGUUAGCUUUAAAAAUAUGACUCAUAAGCUGUGCAGUGACCAUUGCUUCAAUAGAUACAGGAUGGCAAAUGGUUUAAUAAUGAAUUGCUGUGAGCAUUGUGGGGAGUACUUGCCCAGUAAAGGAGCUGGAAACAAUGUCCUUACUAUUGAUGGUCAGCAGAAAAGGUUCUGCUGUCAGAACUGCGUUGGUGAAUACAAGCAGAAAUGUGGCCAAUUAACAUCUUGUACUGGCUGCAGAGCUCAGUGCAGGUUUUUUGACAUGACUCAGUGCAUAGGACCUAAUGGAUAUAUGGAGCCAUACUGCUCAACUGUAUGCAUGAACACACACAAAUCAAAAUAUGCAAAAUCACAAAGUAUGGAAAUUAUUUGCAGCUUUUGUAAGCGAAACGCUUUACCUCAAUAUCAAGCCACAAUGCCUGAUGGAAAACUGUACAACUUUUGCAGUUCCAGUUGUGUAGCUAAAUUUCAGACGCUCAGUGUUCAGUCUUCAACUAAUGGUCAGUUCGUCUCUCCCAGUGAUAUUCAGUUGAAAUGUAAUUAUUGCAAAAGUUCUUUCUGUUCAAAGCCAGAAGUACUGGAAUGGGAGAACAAAGUGUAUCAGUUCUGCAGCAGAGCAUGUUCUGAUGAUUAUAAGAAACUGCACUGCAUAGUUACAUACUGUGAAUACUGUCAGGAAGAGAAAACGCUCCAUGAAACAGUGAAUUUUUCUGGUAUCAAAAGACCCUUUUGCAGUGAAGGCUGCAAGCUGCUAUAUAAACAAGACUUUGCAAGACGGUUAGGACUGAGAUGUGUUACUUGUAAUUACUGCUCACAGCUGUGCAAAAAGGGAGCAACUAAGGAACUUGAUGGUGUAGUGAGAGAUUUCUGCAGUGAAGAGUGCUGUAAAAAAUUUCAGGACUGGUACUACAAGGCUGUCCGCUGUGACUGUUGUAAGUCUCAAGGAGCCCUCAAAGAGAAGGUGCAGUGGCGCGGCGAGAUGAAGCAUUUCUGCGAUCAGCACUGCUUACUCCGCUUCUACUGUCAGCAGAACGAGCCCAAUCUGGCCACCCAGAAAGGACCUGAGAACCUGCACUAUGAUCAGGGCUGUCAAACUCCCCGGACAAAAAUGACAGGCUCAGCUCCACCACCUUCUCCAACACCUAACAGAGAAAUGAAGAACAAGGCAGUUCUUUGCAAGCCUUUGACAAUGACAAAAGCCACGUACUGUAAACCUCAUAUGCAGGCAAAAUCUUGUCAGACAGUAUUUGCCUUUUUCCUUUUUCUCUUAAUAGAAGAUGAGUGGAAAAAAGAGUAUGUCCCAGUGCCUAUUCCUGUACCUGUCUACGUUCCGGUGCCUAUGAACAUGUACAGUCAAAAUGUUCCUAUUCCUACCACAGUUCCUGUUCCUGUGCCAGUUCCAGUUUUUUUGCCCACUACUCUGGAUAGCACUGAGAAAAUCCUUGCAGCAAUAGAAGAGCUGAGGGGAAAAGUGCCCUCUGAUCCUCUGGAAGCUGAGCUACUGAACUUGUCAGGGGUGGUACCUGAACAUGUUGGAAAAGCUGAAGCUUCUGAUGUGGCCAGUGUGAUGGUUGACUCCAAUCUCCUAAACUCAGAGUCACGGACAAGCUUGCCUGAUGUUCCAUACGAGCCAGACCUUGAUAUUGAAAUAGACUUUCCAAGAGCAACUGAGGAGCUGGAUACAGAAAAUGAGUUUUUAUUACCUCCUGUUUUUGGUGAAGAAUAUGAGGAACAGCCAAGGCCUCGACCCAAAAAGAAGGGCGUGAAGAGGAAAGCCGUGUCGGAGUACCAGGCGCACGAUGACAGCUCCGAGAACUCCGAGUGCAGCUUUCCGUUCAAAUACGCCUACGGGGUAAACGCCUGGAAGCACUGGGUCAGGUCCCGCUGCUUAGACCAAGAGCUUCCAGAGUCAGAGGAGCUGAAAUCAAUAAAGUCUGUGAAAUUAAAGGAAGAUCUAUUAUCACAUACUUCAGCUGAGUUAAACUAUGGGUUGACACAUUUUGUCAAUGAAAUUCGAAGGCCUAAUGGAGAGAACUAUGCACCUGACAGCAUCUAUUAUCUGUGUCUUGGAAUUCAGGAGUAUUUAUAUAGGAGUAAUCGGAAAGACAACAUAUUCAUUGAUCCCAUCUACCAGACUUUUGAACAGGAAUUAAAUAAAAUCCUUCGAAGUUGGCAACCAAGCAUACUUCCAGAUGGAUCAAUAUUCUCUCGAGUUGAAGAAGAUUACCUUUGGAGGAUUAAACAGCUAGGAUCCCAUUCACCUGUUGCUCUUUUGAAUACUCUGUUCUACUUUAACACUAAAUAUUUUGGCCUGAAAACAGUGGAGCAGCAUUUAAGACUUUCUUUUGGCACUGUUUUUAGACAGUGGAAGAAAAAUCCUCUAACAAUGGAAAGCAAAGCUUGUCUUCGAUAUCAAGUGUCUUCCCUGUGCAGAGCUGAUAAUGAAGAUAAAAUUACUACUGGAAAAAGGAAACAUGAAGAUGAUGUGCCAGUAUUUGAACAAAUUGAAAACACAUCUGAUCCAGCUAGAUGCCCUGUGAAAAUGUUUGAGUGCUAUCUGUCUAAAAGCCCACAGAAUCUGAACCAGAGGACAGACAUGUUCUAUCUGCAGCCAGAGUGCUCCGUGUCGGCAGAGAGCCCCAUCUGGUACACUGCCACUUCCCUGGACCGCAACACUUUGGAAAAUAUGCUCGUACGGGUUCUUUUAGUAAAAGAUAUUUAUGAUAAAGACAAUUAUGAACUGGAUGAAGACAUAGAUUAAAACAAACUUCCAAAAACUGUCAAGACAACAAACAGCAUUAGAUAUAGUCAUGCUGCUAGACCUUUACUAUGGAAAACAUUUCAAGUUUACCCUUUGUUUUAUGAGUUUUGUAGCAGUGUGUACCCUCACCCGGGUAUUACCAUGUAAAUAGUUUGUGAGUGAAAGUCUCCAUUAUUCUAAGUAGUGGUUUUAGGAUACAUAACAAACACAUUUCAGAUUCUUUUUUUUAUUAUUUAUUUGAUUAGGUAUGUUUGUAACUUUUUACAUUGCAAAAUAUGAAUGAGAAUGUGCCAUGUGUAAUUUUUUUUCCCCUCGUAGUAAGAUACAUCCAUGUUGCACAACUCUGCUGUUGGAAGCUCCCUUGGAGGAGGCUCUUUUAAUGGCUUCUUAAACCAGAUGGUUGUGUAUGGGUAGCACUACUAAAGUUUAGAACUUGCUGUGUCUUUCAGAAUUUUUAAAUGAAUUGUAAACUAAUAGGUUUUUUACUUUUUAGUUACUGAAGCCUUAUAAGGUUAUGUAGAGAGAUUCCAUCUUAUGUACCAAAAAUAGACAAAAGAGAAUGCUGUCAAUAUUGGUGUACUGUAAUGUGAAUCUAUUCUGGUGAAAACACUUUUUUGUUGCCCUUAUUAAAACCUUAGUGUCCUUUCAUUAUUUGUGACUCUCUCUCAAUUGCCCCUACAAAUAAAAUAUAUAUGUAAAAAUAAGUGAAUAUAAGCUUAGAGCAUGUGGUCAUCAAGACACGUAUUUUGUAAAAUGGAAAACUAAAACAAAAAGCCCCUCAAAAAAAAGAAAAAAGAAAAAAAAGAGAUGUCUGAUGACAAUGCUGUAUAAUCCUUUUUUCAUCUUUACUUUUCCAAUCAUAAAUGCCAGUACCUCAUAUUAAUGUAAAUUUGUCCUUUGUAGCCUUAUAGAAAGGGGUUCUGUGCCAUAUUAUAUGAAGUAAUAUGGUAUGCUAAAUUUUUAACUUGUUUGUCCUUGCAUUGCUGUACUUAAAUACAGUCAAUACUUGACUAUGGGUGGAAAGAUUCUUUUAACUAAUGCCUCCAUUCAAAAGCCAUAUGAGAUGUGAAGUUGCAACAAGUCGAAACAUAAUUUUUCUUGAAGAAAAAUCCUUUCAUUUGCUCUAUAUCCUUUCCUUGUGCUUACUUUACUUAAGUAGUCUGAUUUCCAGAUACAUGUUUAACUGCUUAAGUUCUGUUACUUGCUCUUAUUUAACUAAUACAAACAAUAUGGUGGUUCAAGCAAUGGUUUUGCUGUUGUACUGAAAAAAAUGUAGUAGAGUAUUCUACUAUAAAGAACUCAUAAGCUUAAGUCUCUCCUAAAUGGCAUUAAUUAUCUGUUGAGAGGAAUCAGCUACUAAAGGAGAAACUUUCUAUGUAUAUAUAUUACCACCUGAGGAUUUAUUUCUUGCAAGGGCUGCAUGGCUUUUUCAUUUUCCUUAGCUUAAAAGAAUGCACAUAAGGAUGCAUCUUUCUAUAUAGAUAAAUAAAGCUUCAGUUGCUUUGUUUUGUUAAACAAGUUCAUUUAAAUUUCUGCUAUUCUGGUGUGUCUGUGAGUAUGUAUUAAUUUUAGAUAUACCACUAUUUCAAAUGGAGAUGGAAAUGUACAUGUUUAAUUUUUCAUUUCUUUCUGGUGGCGUUACCCUUCCUGUGAAAUCAAGAAACACAACACAGCACCAGUGAGUAGAUCACCAACAGCUUCAAUGCACAUUUCCCUCUGUGAGUGAAUACUUAAGAACUUUGUUCAUUAACACCUGUUUUUUUUCAAACAGCAGCCAUAGAAUAUGCCCGUGAUACAUAAAAGGGAUGAAAUCAGGAACUGGAGUCAUUGUUUUGUUCUGGUCUCUCCUGCUUUUUCAACACCUGACUUGAGCAUAAGUUAAAUUUACAUAUGGGGAUCAUUACUAAUUACCUGUGUUCAAUGAAAUUUGAAAUAUUUUAUUUAAACAUAACUUUUAAGUGUUUUGAUAAAUAGCAGUAAGGGUCACUUGCAGCCCCUUCUCUAUAGUUCAGACUUUGGGGACUUCAGCAGAGGUUUCAAUUGCUCCCUGAUUAUAACUGUGUUUAAUGACAAAAACACUUUUGCAAAACUGCAAACCUUUAAUGUGAAGCUGAAAGUUAAUGAUAUGUGUUGAGUGUUUUGUCUUCAGCAAGACUUUUAAAUUCUUGUUCUCAUAAUCAGAUUACAGCUAUUUCUUAAAUAGUAAGGUCAGUCUUUAGUAUGGCAUGUUGAACAAUCUAGGCAUUUUCAGCACCAGGAGGAAAUAAUUAAUACUUCUUAAAUUUUAUCAGAAACCACAUUAUUGUUGUAAAAUUCCUUCCAUUUUCUACCCAAGAUUCAUCUGCCAUCAGUAAAAAUAUCCAAGUUGGGUUUUGAAAUAAACUUUUUUGCAUAUAGAUCCAUGUUGGAAAUGUAAAGAUGGUUGUUAAGAAAAUAACUUUUAUUCCAGAAGAUGGAGCUAUUCCAUCAUCAGCAAUAAUGUUUUUUGAGUGGUUCAUGUGUUCAGAUUGAACGUUGUAAACUGCAGAGAUCUUGCAGUCAAGCCUGCAUCAUGGUUCGAUGUAUGCAUUUUAUUCCUAAAUUUGAAUGGUGAUGCAAAAUGCAAUAAAAUACCUUAGUUCUGCAAAAAUAAAGAUAUGCAAUUUUAUAGUAAUUAGGAGUUCAGGGCAAAUCCUUGCUUUUUUUUUUUUUUUUCCUUUGGGAAAACUCUCAGCAGCUGGAGUAGAAUAAGGUUGAUGUCAAGGAAUUACAUGCUGUGCAGGACAAAAUAUGAUGCUCUGUUCUACACAGACACACAGCUUUCAGGUAGUGAUGUGUCUAAGAAACCUGCCCUCACUUUCCUCCUUAAGAGGGUUUGUAGUGUCACCCUGGCUGUUGAGGGCAUCCCUGUGAGCUCUGGCAGAGAAUACCUCAGAAAUGCAGAGUGGGGACUACACCCCUCUGUCCACACACAGCCCUGCACUCCAGUCCUGGCAGGGUUUUCUUAACUUCUCCAUUGGUGCCAACAUGUGCUCUGCAUCUCCUUGCUAUCGGAUCAAACUUUGAAAAAUUCCAGGUGAAGUAGUGGCCAUAAGACACUAAGAAAGUUAGAUGGCAGCAGUAAUAAAAUCACAUAGAAAAUAUAGUUCAGUGUGAGAAACAGUAAAAAAUUCGUGCCAUUUUCAGAAAAUAAAUUUAUUUUGAUAGUCAUCUUUUUUAUCUGUGACUGUGUUCAGUCAGUGAGAAUCAUGCAGCUUUUUGUAAUUGGGGCACUAAGCACAAAUUACAACAGUUGAUUUUUAUUGAACAAAAGGUUGUGGUUGUGAAAUAGUUACAAUAUUAAUUACCUUGAAAGCACUCUCAGUGGGACUCUACAGUGCAGCAAAAUUUGUUUUCUUAGUAUCUGUGACUGUCCUAUGAGAGGCUGUGUAAAUAGAUGGGGAACACAGGAGAGGUGGUCCAUAAACCUUGCAGUCCCACAAGGAGGGUGGCGUGUGAGUUGGAAGAGAAAAAGGCAUGAGUAGUGGUAGGAAAACUCACCCCAUACCCAUUUUUGCUGACCUGUUUUGUUAUGUAGGAGGGAGUUUUUCUGUUCUACCUUCCCCUUCUGUUACGCUUAGGAAUGGCAGUUAAAUAUUUUAAUUUCCAGUUUUUAUUAACAUCCACUCUUCAGUUAAUUGCACUCAUGUUGUGCAUUAUAUAAUACACAUUAUGUGCAGGACUGAGAAUGUGGCAAAGGAAGUAGAGUGGGAGUUUAAGUUACUGAGAUGUAAGAGGGUGUUUGGCCAUCACAGGUGAAAUGAGUCUCUGGAUUAUAAUGCCAAAGGUCAGUUACGUUUUGGAAGCAUUGAAUUUGAAGUGUUGAAACCCAAAAGCCUCAGCACAUGAGCCACAGCACUUGGGACCAGCAUGUGAUGGGGCCUGUGAUGUGAAACUCAGGCUGGUGUUUUAUAUCUGUGACAUGGGGAAACAGGAUAGAAAAGGGUGACUGUGUCCACUUUGAACAACUACCAGAGUUUAAAAGUUGCAGGUUUAAGAUGUACUUUCUGAUGAGGCCUUCUGAGCUUUUGACACCUGUUACAACAUCCUGCAUAGCCUGGCUCAAAGCUUUUCAGCCAUUGCUGCACACAUGGUGGAUGUGGAAAAGAGGUAGGUAUGUAUGUAAAAGGCUUUAGUCUGGCAAGUUUUAUUUUCAGGAAAUUGGUGUGUCAGUGUUUCCAAAUACAUAUAUCUAGAAAAUUGUUUCCUCACCCAAGAACUGGUUAUCUUUAUGGAAUAAGGCUACUGAUGCAGCAGUCAUGCAUGACACAUUUGCAAGUGCAUAAUUUGAGUAGGGAAGGAUGCAGUUAACUCUGUACUGUGUCCCAGGUACUGGUGAGGCAUUGCAGCACUUCUGCUGAUUAUUUCAUGACGUGUUUUUCUGUCUCCAGUGUGCUUCCCCCCCCCACCCCCCUUCCUUUAUUUGUGUUUGGUUUGGUUUUGUUUUGCUUGAUGUGUGAAAUGAAAGAAGAAAAUCUCUGAAGAUGACAGAGUUCUUGGAAAAAUCCUUCAAGGACACCAUCAGCCAUUUCCUCUGUUGCUGGCAGGAGGAUGUGAGAGGUGGCUACUGGCAAGGAGCCAUAGAAUAGCCCUCUUGUUUGUCAUAGCUAGGAAGAGCCAUGAAUGCCCAGACUCUGCUGAUCCCCUCAUGAAGCAUGGUUUUACCCAUCCAAACCAAUGUCAGUGCCAGUCCUGGAAACACUUCUGAGCAGAACAACUUCUGCAGAUGUUCACAAAAACCAAAUAGAGACAGAAAAUGAGAAGAUCAAACUCAACUUUGAUUUCUUACUCAACUAUGUUUUCAAAUCCCAGUGAUGUGAGUAUGAAUGAGGUGUGAACAUGAUCUGAGUUCUGCUUUCUCUGAGAUGUGGCAUUUCCUGGAGAGGUGGCACUUGCUGGGGGCAUUUCUGGCUGCCACCCUGCCUUGGGGCAGGGGACAAUAUCAAGGCAAAGCUGCUGUUCACCUUCCUGACGUGAGAGCUGAAAGCUUCCUAGAAUUGUUCCCCAGGUUUAAAUCUUUACUUGGCCCAAAUUACUGAGAGUUCGACAGAAGUACAGAAACUAAAAAUGUGUGUCCCUCUGUCACUGGGUGCCUACAGCUGUGCAGGAGGUGAAAGCCUUGGAAGGCAAAGCCCAUGGAUGCCAAGCAGGAGUGGCAAUAGGUUGGACUUGAAAGGUCUGGAAAGAGCAAAACCCAACAUUAAAUCAGCUCCUUCUUUGAGUUAUGCCUUAUGAGUUAUCCUGGUUUCAGUUUGUAUAUAAAUUUGUUUUGGUGGCUAGGUCUUUGCCCAGGCAGGAGCAGGCUGCUUUGGCUUCUCUCAGAAGAACUCAAGGAUGGGUCUUCUGCCCACUACACGGAGAGCUGGGGUUAUUAGCAUCUUCUUCCUUUCUUUAUGUAUUUGUUGAUUUAUUUAUUGAAAUAAUUGUUCCUGGUUCACAGUCACAGAAAAGAGAAGUGUUCAAAGCAUUAGAGGGUUGUGUCAUGUAUGAUGUGCUUAGGUAUUUGUAAGUACCUACUCUUUUUUGUUUUUAUACUAAAAUUCUGGUUCAUAAAACAUGAAACCUUUGUUUCCUUUUAGGCACAGGAAUAGGAACAUCCUUGUCAUCUGUGUAAUUUAAACUGAUGACAUUUUAUUUGUGCCAAAACACUGGAAAUGCUUUACUGGUUUAAAAUAUAAACAAUUAUUUUAUUUCUUAGUAUGUUAGCUGAAUAAGUCAUGGAGAUUGCUUCCAGUCAUGAAGGUUAUUUCUGCUUUCAGCACACAUUAUGCAAGGCAAUAUGUGUAGUAUUUGCAUUUCUAGUCUUUAAUUAAUGUUUUUUAAAAUACCCUACUUGGAAAUGAAGAGAGAGCUUUUCAGCUCAGGAUAAAUCUAUGUCACUAAGACAAAGGAAGGGGCUCACCAUCAUAGCAAAAUCAUCAGCCUUGGCACCUCUGCAAAAAAACUAAUUCCAAAAAUCUUCCCUCCUCAUUAUAUCUUAAAAUAUCUUCUGUUUGUCUUUUCUCCAGCCCCAUAUGUGACAUCCACAUUAGUAUGCAGUAAUUCUAUUGUGGUAAAAAAAAGAAUAACUACAGGAAGAUUUAUAAUCUGAUUUCUGUUAACUUAAGAAAUAAAGCUUUUUUUUGUUCCUUUUUUCCCCCCUCUGAUGAAUUCUGGCUGUGUAUCAGUGACCAACAGGGAUUAAAGGUGAAAGCUGUAAAACAUAGUAAAUAAGGAAAGAUAAGUUUGAAAGAGGACAGGAGGAAGAGCAGUCUUUGUCCCUAAUGUCAGCUGACAGAACUGAAAAGGCCUUUGAAUUCCCUACCAGUGUGUCCAUUCAGUUCAGGUUGGUUGGAGGAUAGCAGCCCAGGCACCUCUAGCAGUGGACAGACUUGUUCAUACACAUGUUCCUGUAUCUUGGACAGCUCCUGCUGAAGCAGUGAUCUCUGAGGACCUUCAGGCAAAAAGUAUUUCUUAUAACAAAAUUCCACCUCAUCCCCAGAGGGGCCAUCCAACAUGUAUUUUGGAGUAUUUUGAAAAAAAUGUCCUCACCCUCAAGGGAGAAUAUUCUCAUCUUUAUCCUUGGUGUCUCGCCAAGAUACAAUGUGGUCUCUUCUCCAGCUUCAAGUGGAAAAUCCCCAGAGUAAGGGAGGAGGAGGUUCAAAGUGACUCCUCACAUCAACUGAAUCUCUGGAGCCACAGGCCAGGGGUGAGAUAAGUCUCAGUAGGUUGCCAGAACAAGUGAGAAUUGUGUGCAAUAGCAGGGAUGGUGCUAAUAAUGCUGAGGUCAUGUGUUUGAUCUUUGUAUGGGCCAUUCACAUAAGAGCUGGGCUCCAUGAUCCUUGUGGGUCCCUUCCAACUCAGAAUGUUCUGUGAUUCUGAAAUUCCUUGGUGUCUCUGCAGUCACUUUAACCAGGGGCCAGAUUUAGUGCUGCAGUUGUUGAACUUACUAAGGACCUGAGCACAGCAAAGGUGUGAAAAGGAUUUCCUGGAGCAAGGCUGAACAAUUUGGACUGCUUGAGCUCAGCAGGGAGGGAGUGAAUAGCAAGGGAUGUUAGAACAAACUGUUGAGCAAAUGAAAUAAAAAUCAACAAGAAGAGCAGUGCCUCCUUCACAGUAUUUUGUUACUGUGCAGAAAUCCAUUGGGAUGGGAUCUCAGAGAGGAGGAACACAAGUAAGUCUCCUAUGUAAGGGUGGAUGUAUUUUUGCAUCAGAAUUUGUGCCAUCACAGAAAUAUUGUAUAGAUUCUUUUUAUUUUAAAAUUAAAGAAAGUGACAUUU